AUGUUUCGUCUUUUUGUGGCCCUGGUUGGCCUUCUGCCAUUCAUUGCUGCCUCGCCGUUCCCCGCCGACUACCGAAGAACCAUGGCUUCCAGCGAAAAUCAUGGAAACAAACUGGUGUUCUGUCAUUUUAUGAUGGGCAUCGUGAGCAAUCGCCAAAAUUCUAGCGAUUAUGAUGAUGAUAUGAAACGUGCGAAAGAUGCAGGCAUCGACGCAUUUGCAUUGAACAUCGGUACCGAUGAUUACACUGAUACUCAGCUGGCCUUUGCCUAUCAGUCCGCUGCCGACAAUGACAUGAAAGUGUUCAUUUCUUUCGACUUCAACUGGUGGCAGCCUAGCGAGGCUAGUGCUGUCGGCGUUAAAAUCGCCGAAUUCGCCAACCACCCUGCACAACUCAUGGUCGACGGAAGAGUCUUCGUUUCCUCUUUCACGGGUAAUGGUCUCGAUAUUGGUGCAUUGAAAGCAGCGGCUGGCACUGAUGUUUACUUUGCGCCCAACUUCCAUCCCGGUCAGGGUGAUUUCGGCGAGGUCGAUGCUGCUUUCAACUGGAUGGGUUGGAAUAACGAUGGUGCCAAUAAAGCCCCGACUCUGGAGAAGUUGGUGUCUAUUGCGGAGGGUGACGAUGCUUACAAGGCUGCCCUCGGUGGGAAGCCUUUGAUUGCCCCUGUCUCUCCUUGGUUUUCAACACACUACGGAACCGAGGUUUCCUACAGCAAGAACUGGGUAUUCCCAUCUGAUCUCCUCUGGUACAACCGAUGGAGAGAGAUCCUCGAGACCAGCCCUCGCUUCGUGGAAAUCAUCACCUGGAACGAUUACGGCGAGUCGCACUACAUCGGCCCGCUCUCAUCGCCCCAUUCCGAUGAUGGUGCCUCCAAGUGGGUGAUGGACAUGCCACACAACGGCUGGCUCGAUAUGGCCAAGCCCUUCAUUGCCGCAUACAAAGCAGGCUCCCAGACCCCAAUCGACUACCUCGACGAAGAAAAGCUGGUCUACUGGUACCGACCGACCCCAAAAGAAGCCGACUGCGACGCAACCGACACCACCAUGCACGGAGACGCCGAUACAUCCAGCGGCAACUUCUUCCGCGGCCGACCGAACGGCGCCCACAUCAUGACCGACGAAGUCUUCAUCGUCACUAUGCUCAAGGAGCCCGCGACCGUGGAGGUACAAUCCGGAGACAAGACCGAGACCUUUGAGGCCCCGCCAGGCGUGUGGUCGCACUCGGUACCGAUGGGCGUGGGUGCACAGAUCUUCAAGGUCACUCGUGGAGAAGAGACGGUGGAUUCUCUUUCUGGGACCAGUCUGAGGGAUAUCACCGAUACCUGCCCCUGUGGCAUUUAUAACUUCAACGCCUAUGUGGGCACUUUGCCGGCGCCGGAGACUAUUGAUGAGCUGCAACCUGAUGGUCUGGCUAUGCUGACUGAAGGAUUGCUAGUUGAGUGUGCAGUCAACACUCUUGGCAAAUCUCGCGAUUAG